AUCGACAACAAUGACUCAAAAGAAGUGUUGAUUUGUAGUUAGCGCUGCUGACGGCAAAUAUUUACUUUAGAACUUCCCUGCGCCCUGCUUGCUCAUCAGCACCGAUAAUAACAUUUUAGUUUUUUGCGACGAUAAGAAAAACACAGUGCACACACUGUGCCUGAGUUUUAGCCGGCUGCCCGAACUUCAGUCUCUUUUAGUUUUAAAGUGCUAUUCAAUGUAUACAGUUAUUAUUAAACUCUGAACACGUUUAACAGAAGUGAAAAAAAAGUACUCAAUUAUUUUUACAUAUUUCAUCAUUUGAAACGCGAUUAACUAUAAUGGAUAAGACGGCACAACCGCCACCAUAUUCUGAGACAAGACCAGGUUUUACACCUGCCUCAUAUUAUCAAGGACCACCACCACAACAGCUAAAUCCUUCACAUCCACCACUUUAUCCUCCAACGUUUCAACCUCAGCCCUAUCAAUCGUCGUCAGGACAACCGACAAUUAUUGUACAAACUACCGCCGCACCGACCAUGGUAGUGCUUGGUAAUGGUCCAACACAUAUGAUUUGCCCGUCAUGUCGUGCAGAUAUCGUAACUACUGUUCAACAUGCACCUAAUUUUAGAACACACUGUUGGGCUGCUCUCUUAUGUCUGUUCGUAUGUUGGCCUUGUGUAUGCCUUCCGUACUGCAUGGAUUCAUGCCAGAGCGCUCAUCACAUUUGCCCGAAUUGUAAUGCCCAGAUUGGAAUAUAUGACUAUUAAAUGUUAAAAAUGUGUUAAAAACUCUGUUUCUACCCCUCUUUCCCUUUCCAUCUGGCCGAGAGAAGUGUUUCCAGUUUUCUUUAUUGAAUUCAAACGCAGACUUGCCUAUAAUUUAAUGACUUAAGCUAUGUGUUCGAGGAAUUCAAUUAAUUGAAUUAAGUAAUUUAAUAAAGUACAAAUGAAAGAUUAAUUAUGAAACGUUUAUGUUUACUUGCUUUCCUUUACCGCAUUACAAUUUGAAACACGCCCGAUUUCAUAAUAUCCAAGUUUAUCAAUUCGCCCAUAUGAGUGGCCUGCCGAAUAGUUAGUGAGAAGAGCAUUUAACCAAUCAAUUCGAGGUACAAACGUCGCUUCUCGCCUAUAGAGCUUGUAUUUUCUUCCAUCCUGAUGCAUCGAACGCAACAAAACGAACUACAAGCUGGAGUAUGUGGUCACAGGCUGAAAUUGUUCUCAGUCUUACAAGCUUUCAAACCUUUGCAACGUUCUUUAGGAAUAAAUUAAGCUUAUUUAUUCAACUAUCAAUCGGUUCACGUGCAGGAAGAGAUUUAACACCUUCUAAGCUGGUUUUUUUGUUGUUAAAAGCCAUUAACUGAACUGAGUUUCCCCAGCCUACUCGAGUUUUAAAUCGUCAUAAUAUGUCCAUCAGAAAACGAAGCCUUGACCGCAAUGGUGCUCUUCCUUACGAUGUGAAUAUUGCGAAUAUACUGCUCCCGGAGUGCAACGAAAUUACGAAGAGAAUCGCUUCCUACCACAGCAGAAGUGUUUCCCCAAUCAUUUUUGCUAAAAUUGCCGCUAAUCGCAGUAACCCCAGCCACUUGCACACUUCUUCCUGUCUACAUCGCAAAGCGCAUGCCACGCAUCGCCUCUUUCGACCUUGAAAUUCUUUCCAUUAAAAAAAUCAAGAAGAAAGAUGCGCUUUAUCACACUCUCCAAAAACACGAGUCCUUCAAGUAAACAGCUAAACAUAAUCACCGAUCACCGUUUACCUCCAGGAGAAGAUUUGCCUUACGAGCCUACAUCAACGUGGACUUUCGGUCCGCCUGAGCUAGCUUCCACUCAUACGUUUACCGAUAAGAGCAUAUGUAAGCGAAUUCGAAGCCAUAAAAGUCGCAUCUUUUAAGGGUGCAAUUUUGGGAGAAACUGAAGGCAAUAGAGUGACGUAACCUCAAAAGACAAAAAUCGAAUACAGAUUGUCACUGUGAGGAGAGCUUGUUGUAUCUUGCACUUGGAAAAGCGUCGACUUUGUAAAUAUUUUUUGCAUGCACAGCAGAAUGAAUUCAUUACAUUAACUCGUAUUUCCAUAAUGGAUUGAUUUAAUUUGCGAUAAAAGAAAUUAUAUGCCUAAGCUACGUUUUGCGCACGCAAGUUAAUUAAAUUGACUUCAAGCACAAUCCCGUAAUGAAAUUCAG